AUGCCGGUCGACUACAGCAAGUGGGAUGCGCUGGAGCUCAGCGAUGACUCUGAUGUCGAGGUUCAUCCCAACGUCGACAAGCGGUCUUUCAUUCGCGCCAAGCAGAACCAGAUUCAUGCGGAACGUCAGCAACGCAAGCUCCAGAUCGAGACCCUCAAGUACGAAAGAAUCAUCAAUGAUACUCUGAUCAAGCGGAUCUCCUCCCUUCUUGCCUCUCUCAAGGCUCAUGCUUCGGAAGUCAGCUCGCGCAACCCAGGCGAGGUGGCCUUUCAGGCUGUCAUAGAGUCGGCCGCUGGUCUAGAUCCCAAGGAUGACCAGCCCCCACCAAGGCCUGCCGGUGUUCACAAUGCAGAGCAACCCCUGCCUACGUACACCAAGAUGAUGGCCACGCUUCUUGACGAUGUGAACAAGACUUUAGAGGAGAAGAAGGUAGAGCAAGACAAGAGAUACGAAGCUACCAUCGCGGAAGUGGAGGAGCACCUCAAGAAAGUCACAAACCUACAGGGCGAGUUGCUCAACAAGCUUGACGAGUUGGAAAAGAUUGACAAGAGCAAAAUUACGAGCGAGUCUAUCCACACGGGCUUUGACAGCACGCACAUCAACAAGGCGAAGGCCUCUACCUCAGGAGACAAGAAGGAGACGUCCAAGGUCGAACUUCUAAACCCGAACUACAGCGCCACCGAUAGCCUACCUGCACCCAGCACGACUACGAACGAUGAUGACGAUGAUGCUGAAAUUGAGGCUUCUCCUGCCGCCAAACAAUUUGCUUCGAUCAAGGCAGACGACUACCGGGAGUCCCUCGCCUUCCUUACGAAACACCCAGAAAUCCUUACCGAAAAAGAAACCGAUGGCUUGCUCGUCCUCGCUUUCGACGCACAGCUUCAGAACCGUGACGACUAUGCUCGCAAUUGCGUCCACCAAGCACUCCUGCUGCAGUACUGCCGGGCUUUGGGACGCGACGGCGUCGCUCUGUUCUUCAAGCGCAUCACGACACAAGGCCACCAGGCCCAGGAGGUCUUCUUCAAGGAUGUGCAGGACACAUUUUACAAGAUCAAGAAUAGGGCUAGAGAAAUCAACCUACAGAGGGCAAAGGAAGAGGCCGAAGGUGGCAGCCAAGAGGGUGUCGAACAGAUCCAACUGCAUGCGGUAGAGCCUGGUACGGUGAUAAACAUCAACAUUCCUCCAGCUGACAGUGAAGACCCAGAGGUACAGCAAGCUAGAGCUAUCUUUGAAAGCUUUAGUCCCGAGAUGAAGAAGGCUCUGGAAUCGGGCAAGUUGGAUGAGGUGAACAAGGUUCUGGGCAAGAUGAAGGUUGAGGAGGCUGAGGAGUUGGUGAGCAAAUUUGGAGAUGCUGGUGUUUUGAGUCUCGAGGAGGAAAUCAUUGACGCCACUACACAAGAGGGCCAGGAAAAGUGGAAGGAGAUCGAAGCUGCCAAGAAGCACGCAGAUGAGCCCGCUGGUGACCCGGAAUGA